GUCUUGCUGAAUUUGUAUAAAACAAUUGCGAUUUAGGUUUCCCAGUUGUGUCUCAUACAACACGUCAUUUAUUAUUUUUUCGGCGUGGACAGCUUGUUGUGGAUCGAGAUCUCUUAAUUUUGAUGUCUAUGCUUUUCCAAUAUCCGUAAAUUUAUCAGUAAUUUAUGUUGAAGGUUGUGACAAUCGUUUCCCGAUUACAUCUAACACUUCAUCACAUUUAUUUUGUACUCCUCGGGGUGUUUUACUCGAUGCUGUAGAUAAUUGUCUAGAUGAUAGUGUGGGUGGUAAAAAGACACUAGGAGAUUCUGGGAGCUCGAGGGUUGUUUCAUUGUCAGGACUCUAUAACAAUAAUAAUACUAAUAAUAACAAUUGCGAUGUUAUUAUGAAGUAAUUGUUACAUAUUUUCCCCAUUGCUUGGGAGCGGUAGAUGGAAAGCAUGUGCAGAUCGUUUCACCUCCUGGAAGUGGAUCCUACUACUUCAAUUACAAGAAGACCCACAGUAUUGUUCUGAUGGCAAUUGCGAAUGCUAACUACGAAUUUAUAAUGUGUGAUAUUGAUACCAAUGGUCGAGUAUCUGAUGGUGGAGUAAUUGUCAACACUAUGUUUAUGAAGAAAUUGCUUGAAAAUAAAUUGGAUUUGCCUACUGCAGAACCAGUCAUACAUUGCGAAACACUAUUAAAGGCCAGAAGGAUCAUAGAGAAUUCAUUUGGAAUAUUAGCUAACCGUUUUAGAAUUUUUCAUACUACUAUAAAUUUACAAGUUGAUAAUAUUGACAAAGUUGUUUUGGCUUGUUGUGUACUGGAUAAUUUCUUGCGAAUAAAUUGUUCCCAUACAUAUACAUCAAAUGACGUGUUUGAUGUUGAAGAUACUAGCAAUGGUACAAUUACUCCUGGUUUACGAACAGGCUCAGACAAUCUGUUAAAUCUUCAAAACGGUUCUAACCGGUAUCACACUGCUGAGCCAAAAGAAAUAAGAGAACAAUUUAAAAUAUACUUUAACAAUCAUGGGAAAGUGAACUGGCAGCACGCAAUGGUUUCUAAUAAUCAGUUAUUACCCUGUUUCUAUAAACAUAUUGCCUACUUCAACAUACUUCCACAUACUAAAUGUAAAAUAAAUAAUAAAAUUGUUUUAUUUGUGUAAUUUACCUGCACUUCAUCAAUGUUUGAUUUAGUAGGCCUGGGAACUUCCUGGUCCUUUAGAAAGUGUAAGAGUUCAAAGUACCAUAAAUGUGGUACAUAAACCUCCUCUUCCCCAGCCCCUGAUUUCUCAGAUUUUACAACUUUUCUCAAUCCUUGCGGUACGCAGUACGUAAAGAGUUGAU